GAGUGACUGAAGAAACAUGGUGAGGACACCUUCCUGUGACGAAAAUGGAAUGAGGAAAGGGACUUGGACUGCUGAGGAAGACAGGAAGCUGAUUGCCUAUGUCACUCGCUACGGCUGCUGGAACUGGCUCCAAAUCCCCAAAUUCGCAGGGCUGAAAAGGUGCGGGAAGAGUUGCAGGCUGCGGUGGAUGAAUCACCUACAACCCAAUGUGAAGAGAGGGGAUUACAGUGCAGAAGAAGAAGAAACCAUCCUCAACCUCCACUCAACCCUUGGAAACAGAUGGUCAGCAAUUGCGGCCCAUCUUCCUGGCCGAAGUGACAACCAGAUCAAGAAUCACUGGCACACCAGCCUGAAGCAACGCGCGAGGCAACCAAUCAAUCCGGAAGAGAAAGUGGACGAAACCGGGAAGAAGGAGGAGGAGGAGGCAGUGAAGAUUCCAGAAGGAGUUCAAGUAAUGGAGAGCAGCUCUUCGAUUAGCUCCACGUCAAUGGCAGCAACUUCAGAGUCGAAUCAUGUGAGUGAGCCCGGUUCUAUGUCAAUGACGCCAUCUUGGGCCGGGUUCACCGAUGAGCUCGCGUCCGACGACGCGAGCUUCUUCGCCGAUUUGUGGGAGGCGGAAGCAGCAGCCGCGGCGGCAGGAGUUUACUACAGUGAUGAGUUGGAGAGGGAGUGCUCCGGAGUGUGGACAGAGUCACUGCUCGCAACUGAUAAUUACUACUGGCAGGAGCCCAGUAGCGACUUCUUCUCCAGUUUGGCGGAGGAAGAGCCUCAAUCGCCAUUGUUUAGCUGAAAGGCGGCGAUCAUUUCGUCAUUUGGAAGAGAGAAAAAUAUUUCUCUUCCUUCUUUGAUUCCUUUUUCAUGCAAUAAGGUGGCGAUCAUUUCGUCCUUUGCAGCGGACCUGGGCUCCAAUACUUGGUGAUGCUGGAAAAAAAACUGUUGUUUCUUCCGCUUGUAUCGUUGUUACCCCCCACACAAGUUGGAGGGCAGAGAUUCAACACUUGUAGCCGAAGAGAAGAGUAUAAACUGGUUCUCCUUAACAAGAUGACAAAUGACAAUCAAGCUCUAUAUGCUUGAUAUUUUCG